GUUACACCUCAUCUUUCAACCACCAUAUCCUCCCAUGGGGCGAUCUAAUUCGGCGCCUGGCGGGAUGGGUUCGUCAACGAGGUCUGAAUGAGAACUCACACACUACAACGGCCCGCAUUUCGUCGAUCCGCCCACGCCCACAUCGGCACAUUGGCUAAGACGCCUGCAAUGGCGGUGCAUCCACUCGGGUGGUAUACGAUUACCAUCUCCCCCGACUGCUGAAAUAUGCCCGACCCCUGCUGUGUAGACCUGGUCUUGUGAAUUAGGUGACAAAGUCCCGAACUUUAGGAGCGGUUUGAGACAAUCUAGAUGAUAUAAGUCUUGGUGCCCAUUUGUGGCAGUUAACGGCGAACGACGAACGCCGGAUUGUUCAGACCUCAUCCCUUGAAACCAUGGUUGGUGUACCUGGACGAAGUAAAGGAUGUCAUACAUGCCUUAAGAGAAGAGUCAAGUGUGAUGAAGCCAGACCAUCCUGUAAGCGUUGCGAAAAGGCUGGUUUUACCUGCGGGGGUUACGAGAGAAAGCUGGAGAUGCGUUUCCAUUCUUUCUCGAACCAGACAGAUUCGGCGACAUUGACAAAGGCUGUCAAGAAACCUCCAUCCUUCCAGUCUGGCUUCUCCGACUUUUAUGCUCUGAGAUCCAGCGACCAGACUCCAUCGACUGUUCCCCAGGAGCUGAACCUCUCCGCCUUUCGUGACAACAUCCAAUUCUCCUACCUCUUCUCCAACUUUGUGUGGAGUACCUAUGGUUCACCCUGGCUCCAGAUGUCAGCCGAAGGCAAGGUCGACGCCUUGGCCCUCGAGGCCUGUCGUGCCUUUUCCCUGACGAUCUUCGGCAAGCACCACCAUCAGCCCGAGAUCGAAGUCACCGGUGCCGUUCACUAUGACAAGGCUGUCCGCGCCCUCUCAUUUCGCUUAUCCAAUGUGGGGGCCCCUGGCAGCGAAGACAUGAUCGUCCCUAUCAUGAUCCUCCUUAUGCACUCGUCUUCUAUCCCUGAUCCUCAAGCAUCUGCAUUUCAUAUCCAAGGUCUAUUAAAACUCAUUCAGAUCUGUGGCCCUCAAAGAUUUACCUCCCCGAUUCUGCGCAGCGCUUUUGAGUCCUGUCGUGCCACUUUAACGACCGUUGCUCUGAUCACAAAGAUUAGAACCUUCCUCGAGUUGUCGGAAUGGUUGACUGAACCAUGGGCAGAGAUCGGGGCGACCAAUAAGAGUUUUCAGAACCAGCUAGUCGACAUUCUCGUGUAUAUCCCUGGCUUCCUUCAAGAUCAAGCCAACUUGGAACAAGAACCCAACAAAGACCUCGAACACGACCUAAUCCGAAGAAUUGAAUUCCAGAUUCAACAACUUUUCCAAUGGCGGUGGAGAUGGGAAGAGACGAACCGCCAUGCCGCUUGGGAGAUUGACCCGGAGCAACUGCCACCAGAAACCUCACCAAACUACGACCGACCCGUCAAAAAUGUCAUGAUGUUUUCAUCCUUUAGCAGAGCGGCUGAGAUCUGCCUGUACGAUGCUGUCUUAUUAUGCCUGUUGGGACUGUUGUGGACGCUGGCGCCACCGAACGAAAAAACACCAUCGCCGUGUCCACCAUCAAGCUAUCCCUUGUAUCUACCAGGCGAUGUGUCGUCCUUGACCGAACCAGCGGUAGAGAUAUGCCGCGCAUUCGAAUACCAACUACUACACGCGACCAAUAUAUCUGACUCGGUCUUGUUCUGGUUGUUUCCUUUAGGACUGGCCAGUAAAGUCCUCGAAGACGACCCUAUCAUGAUGCGGUGGAUACGGUCGAUGCUGGAGCAGUCACAGGCAACGAGAAACUACGGAACAGGGCCCUCGACUGUGGGUUUUGGCUUCUACAAAUUCCCAACCGUGCGAAGAAGGAAAGGCCCCCUCUCUUCACUGAUGCGUACCGGCAGUCACACGGGGUCUAUUCGCCAUUGCUCAGAUGACUCGUCGGAAGGCGACUGACACAGAUCCAUCUCUCCCUCUCACAUGACUAAGCUCGCGGCAAUCCGUCGAGGUUCUCUUAAAGACGCGUGAAAUGAUUUGCUUGACCAGGACAUGUAGCACAAUUAUAUCGGGACGAUGGGGCAAUGUGUAUUUUGGAGGUGGGGCAUGGCAUGGGGUUUUGCUUCGUAGGGGGCAGACAGGCAGUCAGGGCAUGGCAUGGAGGAGUGCAGAAAGGCGGUGAGCUAGUCUCGACAACUGAUAUUGAGUAUUCAUAUGUGACGACGGGUGAACAUAGGGUGAACCUUGUCAAGGGACCGGAUCUAGGUCUGUUCGAAGCGAGUCAAGUCAUGUGUGUCCAUGAUGUAGUCAUGUAAUAACACAGCAUCAACGAUCACGGGAACAGGAGGACUUAGAUACCUAACUCUAGGAAGACUGUAUCGUUUCUCAACAAUGAACUUUAUUU